CAUUUCUUGUUUUGUGGAUCAUGCCAAGCCUGUCCUCUGCCUGUCUGUUUAUUGUUUUGCUCCUGCCUCUUCUGAGAACAGCAGCCGGGGGACUCUAAGCGCUCGGAGGAGGAGGAGCGCGACAGUCAUCUUGGCCCUCCCUCGGACUAUAAGACCAGAGGCAGGCUGAAACACUCAGACCGCACGCACACGUGGAGCGAACAGGCAAAGAGGAAGAAGGAAGAGGUGGGAGACCAGCAAAAAGCAAAAGGGCAUGAAGCUGCCGGCACAUAGCAGUUCCCGCUAGUUGGGCUUUUGGAAGGGAAGCAGGUAGAAACAAAUGAUAAAGUAGAAAGUAGAGAGACACAUAGAAGGAAAGAGCAUGUUUUAAUCUUGAAAUGGUAUUUUGAGUUCUUUGUUAUUCCCAAAGGAGUAACUUAAGAAUAAACAGACUUUGUGGAUGUGAAGCUUUUUUUUUUUUUUAUAAAUCAGAAUUUAAAAAGACGGAGCUAUAAUCUCAAAGCACCUGCAACAACAGAUCUGAAGACUGAUUUUAUCUGACCUUGACCUUAAGAUCAACCUGCUGAUGUUUUAAAGGACGUUAAAAACCUAGUUCACUUUGUCGAACGCCACUAGUCAACACUUGUUGGGAGCAUCGUUUUUUGCUACCUAAUCAAACAAGAGCACACAGCCUGUUUUUAAGAACGCCCUAACAAGACUGUUCAACAACUGUCAACGUCAAAGAUGACUUUUGCCAUGCUACGCACUCCGCCUCCAGCAGGUCGCUUCUUGUACGGAGACAUUGGCCUCCUCUCUGAAGACGAUGACGAGAACUGCAGCGAGGGGUCAGGCUCCGAGGACCACACCAGCACCUCCUCAAAUUCUGCAUCCUUUCGCCUGUCAUCAUCGUCCCAGUCUGCCUUCCACAUUAAGGUGAACAGGAAGAGGAAGUUGUGUGUGGGCGGAGGGGUAAGUGUGGCUAACCUGACGGGCAUGCUGGGCCCCCCAGGUUCAUCUCCUCCUGGGGAAGUUCGCCAGAGAACUGCGGCCAACGCAAGGGAGAGAGAUCGCACGAAUUCUGUCAACACAGCAUUCACGGCGCUGCGCACGCUCAUCCCCACUGAGCCAGCCGACAGGAAACUCUCAAAGAUCGAGACGUUACGUCUGGCCAGCAGCUACAUAAGCCAUCUGGGGAAUGUGCUGCUCCUCGGCGAAGGGCUUCAUGACGGACAGCCGUGUCAUGCCCCCUCACCUCCGUUCUUCCACGUCAGCUCCUCCCCCACCCGAGGAUCCGACCAAUCGGCUCAACCCAAGCACAUUUGUACCUUCUGCCUUAGCAACCAGCGGAAAAUGAACAAAGACAGAGACAGGAAGACGAGCAUCCGAAGCUAACAUCCAGAGCACAGACCACACGGACAAAAUGUUCACAACUAAGACGAGGCUUCAUGUGAUUUUUUUUUUUCACAACCACUGCAGCUUGAAGACUAACUAGAAUUGUGAUGCAAUUUAAAGACUUUUCAAGGACUUCUGUAGCACUUCCUCUUCCUUUACAAGGAACUUUUUAAUGAUUCCUUUUUUUAUUACUUUAUACAAACUCUUUCUUUUACAGUGAGGAACCAUGAACAGUACUUUCCAUGGAUUUUCACCAGACUAUCAAGAGCAUAAAAAAAAUCUUUGAACCGUACUUCUAAAAAAAUGGCACAUGUUCACUCAAAAACCACAAAUUUGUAUUCAUGUCUUAAUAAAAUGUAAACUGAUUUUAAAAAGUAUAUUUAUGUAACAUAACAAUAUAUAAUGAAACUGUGUUAUUUAACAGACCUAUGGUAUUUUUAAUAUUGUGCAUUGUUUUAAGUACAGACUUUGGUUACUGACUCAGUUUGUAGCAUCACAGAGAACAUGCUGGAACUAUGGUCGUAAUGGUUAUUUCGAAUAUUCAUCCCUGAAAGUGGAAAAUAACUCGAACUGACCAAUAAAAUGUUUGUAAAUCUGGGAGUAAAUCAUAUUUUUCUGAGCAUACUGUAUUGUCAAAUCUUGUCCCAGUAAUUGUCAGUUCCAACCAAUAAAGCUUAUAAAGUUUCCAUUUUGAAUUUA